GUCUAUUCGUCGUCAUUAGCUUAAGCAUCAUCAUUCACCAAACAACUCCACACACAAGAAAAAAAAAAAUUGUUUCUGUUUGAGUAGAUUCGCAUGGAGAUUGUUCUUCAAGGUGUCUAACUCGCUAUCCUCAACUCACCCAACUCGACUGAGUCAUAGUUUUUUUAACCUAACUCGUUUCCAUGGCUAAUAACAACAACCCACAUGAUAACCUCUCCGAUCAAUCUCCUUCCGACGAUUUCUUCGAGCAGAUCCUCGGGAUUUCUAACUUCUCUGCAUCUUCCGGUUCUGGACUUUCUGGACUAGCCGGAGGGUUAAGCGGCGUCGGUCCACCGCCGAUGAUGCUUCAGCUCGGUUCCGGCGACGAGGGGAAUCAUAAUCACAUGGGCGCCAUUGGAGCAGGUGGACCUUUAGGGUUUCAUAACCAGAUGUUUCCGUUGGGCUUAAGCCUGGAUCAAGGCAAAGGACAUGGCUUUCUUAAACCAGAAGGUGUUCAUGGAAGUGGGAAACGUUUCCAAGAUGAUGUUGUUGAUAAUCGAUGUUCCUCCAUGAAACCUGUUUUCCAUGGGCAGCCAAUGUCACAGCCAGCUCCACCAAUGCCGCAUCAACAAUCUUCAAUCCGACCUAGAGUUAGGGCUAGGCGAGGUCAGGCCACCGAUCCACAUAGCAUUGCUGAGCGGCUGCGUAGGGAAAGAAUAGCCGAACGGAUCAGGGCGUUACAGGAACUCGUACCUACUGUCAGCAAGACAGAUAGGGCUGCUAUGAUUGAUGAGAUUGUCGAUUAUGUAAAGUUUCUCAGGCUCCAAGUUAAGGUCUUGAGCAUGAGCCGUCUUGGUGGAGCCGGUGCUGUUGCUCCACUAGUCACUGAAAUGCCAUUGUCUUCAUCGAUUGAGGAUGAGACGCAAGGCGUGUGGGAGAAAUGGUCAAACGAUGGGACAGAACUGCAAGUGGCUAAGUUGAUGGAAGAAAACGUUGGAGCAGCGAUGCAGCUUUUGCAAUCAAAGGCUCUUUGCAUAAUGCCGAUCUCAUUGGCGAUGGCGAUUUACCAUUCUCAGCCACAAGACACAUCCUCUUCAAUCAUCAAACCAGAGAUGAAUCCUCCACCGUAGAUCUUAACGGUCCUCGGCAUUUUGCUCUUUUUUUCCCCACUACUACCACUUUUGUGACUGAUAAAAGGUAAAAAAAAAAAAGACUUUGAAGAUGGAACCAAA